AUGUCCUUGUCCUUAAGAGACGUGAAUAAGAGUAGAUACAGCUUUCCUGAUGGCUAUGACAGUGUCGAAAAAAGCAAAAGGACAUUACAUCCUUCAGCUAAUGCGAAACCGUUAUUUAUUGACGAGCAACUACCACGAUCUAUUGAUGCGAUUUUUGCACCUUUAGAAGAAAAUGAGGGCGAUGAUGAUGAUGAGAAUAAUGACAGCAGAGAGAGCUCCAUCAAGGUGAGAGACCUACGAAUAAUUGGCGCUAGCUAUCCAGUUUGCGAAUUUGCUCCAAUAAACGAUAGUAGGGAGGGCAGUAGGGCACUAGGUAGUAUGGGAACUAGUUUGAGAUUGGAUUCUCAAGGAAUUGUUAAGUUUUCCAUUAGAGAAGAGGCUAUAUCGGCAAAUACACCUCAAUCUAAUGUCAGUUUUCUUCCAUCAGUUAUGACUUCAUUCAGCAGUGCAUUAGAUAUGUUGUAUGAUUUAAUUCAUGACCAUAUAUUAGUGCCAACAAAUGACAGAGAUUUUCAAGUUGAAAUUGCAAGCUAUACUGGCACCGCAGAUAUAAAUAUAUUCAUUACUCCUUUAAAACGCAAAAUAUCUAAUUUGGUUGAAAUAUUAAUGCACCUAAACCACAUAGAACUAACGCUUGCUGUUUUCAAACAAUGGGGUUCAGCUGGUAUUGAACCUACUCAAAGUGAUAGAUUUAAUACAUGCCUCCACGAUUUGCUUGAAAUGAUAUCUAAUUAUGUGAAUGAAGGUCAAUACAAUGUAUCAAUCUUUCAGCAGUUUAUCAAUUCGAGGGAGUUUGCUAAAAAGAUACAGUUCAUACAGGUUGCUGAUGAUGCUAUAGCAGAAGUGAGGCCCUUACUAUUUUUAACCAACAUACCACAACUUACUUCCCAAAUCUUCAAAUUUGAUGUUCAAUUAACAGCAAGUAAGGACUGCUCAUUGCAAGAAGAGCUACGCUAUCAUAUUAAUUACAUGUUGAUAUAUCAGCUCUUCGUCCAAAAACUACGAGGCUUCUUUGUAAGUUGUUUAUCUUUGGAAAAGAAAGAGGAAAGUGGCAUUGUAUUGCGCUGCCUAGAAGGAUUCUUAACAAAUUGCGUCGAAAUAGACAGUGCAGAAUUACUUGUAGGGCUUGACAGUGCAGUUGAUGAAUGGGCACAAAAAGAUAAUGACCGUGUAAUUAUUUUAUCAAGCUGGUGUCGUGAAAUGGCCCGCAAGCAUAAUAAACCAGGCAAAGAAAAUUACGAGGACCAACAUUUUAGCAAUGAAAAUAAGUACAACGUCGCAAAGUUAUUUAUCCAACAAUUGAAGGACCUUGCUAUCGGGAAUUCUCUCAGUCCUGGGUUUACUAUUUUAACAGCUGGUCUCGACACUGCCGCUAGGACUAAACACGAAGACAUUAUCAAAUCUCGAAGUCAUCACGGUAAGAGUAUCAAUGUAAAGAAAUGGGGAGUUGGACAGCAAAAACCAUUAUCACAUAAGCAGCGGCUAUUUGAAAAAUGCCAAAGGUUAAAGUGGAGAUUAGUCAAGUGGUCACAUGGGCUAUCUCGUUCAAAAAGGGCCUCUGAGCUUCAAUUUGAGGCCCAGCAACUGGACUCUACACCUAAAUGCAACAAUUCGGACUUAAUAAGCCUAUCAAUCCGAGGGACCUAUCAUAACUGGCGUAGCACCUAUGAAAAUACUACAUAUAACGAGUUUAAAGGCGAAACCAAGAAAAGUAACGAACAAGACGAGAAGGGCAAGAAAUUCGAAGAAUUAAAACGCAGGAGGGACAGAUUUAUGUACCUCUUUUUUGGGGACGAUGCAUAG